ACGAGGAAUGGUCAUCGACACCGUGAAAUAAAGAUGGUGGCUUCCACGGGCAAGAAAGUCGGCAAGAGCGACCUGAAACAAGAAGAUAUACUCCAAGCUGUCGUGACUGCCGAUAACUUUAAUGACAGGUUUGCGCCUAUCACCAAGGAUCAUCCAUGGGUGCUUAUGCCACUGGUCCAUCGGCCGCUCAUCGACUACACGCUGCAAUAUCUCAGCAACGAGGGUGUCCAGGAGACCUUCGUGUUUUGUCACUCGCAUGCAGACAAGAUCAGGGACUACAUCAAGGAGUCCAAAUGGUCGGAUGCGGACAGCAAGAUGAGCGUAAGUGUGUUGUCCUCGGAGGACUACCUGUCGGUGGGUGACAUGAUUCGUGACCUGGACGCCAAAGCUCUCAUCCGCUCGGACUUUGUCCUGCUGGACGGAGCUACAGUGGCAAACGUGCCGCUGCGACCCAUCAUUGAGGAACAUAGAAAGACAGUCGCCAGGGACAAGGGUGCCCUGAUGACCCUGAUCUAUCGGCGGCUGCCCCCGUGGCAUCGGCGCCGGUGCCAAGAGGAUGACAGCGCGGUGGCCCUGAAUCCAGAGACGGGCAAGCUCCUGCACCACAUCAAGACCAGCGUGACCAACAAGUGCGACUUCCCAUUGAGCAUCUUCCAGGAGCAUUCGCGGGUGUCCCUUCACCACGACCUGCAGGACUGCCGCUUGGCCGUGUGCUCACCGCACGUGCCACCCAUCUUCGCCGACAACUUCGACUACCAGACGCGCCUCGACUUUGUACGUGGCAUCCUCGAACACGAAGAGAUUAUGGGCAACUCUAUUUACACGCACAUCAGUGACAGUUGCUACGCGGCCUCCGCUUGCAACCUGGUCAUGUAUGACGCUGUCAGCCAGGACGUGCUGCAGAGGUGGAGCCAUCCACUCGUGCCCGACCAGUUUGUCGAGGAGAACGGCCCAUCGUGUGUCUACCACCGGCACAACAUUUACAAGCCCACCACGGGACUGCAGCUCUCUAGGAGCUGUAUCCUGCAGCCCAGCACAUUUGUCGGUUCUGGCACCAGGAUAGGGGACAACACCGUUGUGGCGAAUUCGGUGAUUGGCCGCAACUGCACCAUCGGCCGCAAUGUGCACUUACGCAAUGCCUACCUGUGGGACAAUGUGGUCGUGGAGGACGACUGCCAUCUGCAGCAGUGCCUGCUGGCCAGUGAUGUGGUCAUAAAGCGCAACGUCACUGUGACACCCGGGUGUGUGCUGUCCUUUAAGGUUGUGGUGGGACCCGACAUCAAGUUAAAGGAAGGCACUUUGCUCCAGCCCACACCAGACACGGACGGCUUUGAAGACGAGCCGGGACAUGUCGAAGAGUGUGACCCGUCUCUGGUGGGCAAGGAAGGCCAUGGCUUCCUCUGUCGCCCAGAGGAUGAGGACGACGAUGAGGAGGACGACGAGGCCCUACCCGAGGACGUCUGGGGAAGACCACCGCCAUCUCUGGAGGACGAGGACAGCGGGCCCGAGGAGGACGACCUCUCCUCGGACGGCACGGCAUCGCCCGUGGACGAUACAAAACUGUUCUACAACGAGGUUGUGGAGAGCCUGCAACGAGGUGUCGAAGAGAACGUCAAGUGCGACAAUCUCAUCCUCGAGAUCAACUCAUCGAGGUACGCAUACAACAUUGCCAUGCGCGGAGUGAUAGCGGUCGUGACAAGGGUGGUCUUGGAGAUGCCCCUGCUACUCGUGAGCUCGGCCAGCGGCGGUGGCGGGGAGGCAGCGACUCAGCCGAGCGCGGCCGAGUAUGGCGGCAAGCUGCGCAAGUGCCUCGCACAGUUUCGCGCCCUGCUGCGCAUAGUUCGAGAUCCCGAGUCCAUGGCUGACUGCCUGCUGGGGCUCGAGGAAUUCGUUGCCCUGCACGAGCAGUACUCCACAGCCGUCGGGGGAAUCCUCAAGUGGAUGUACGACCAGGAGUUGCUCUCCGAAGAAUCCAUUGUCCGCUGGUUUCAGGAGCACAGCCUCGGCACCCCUGGUCCAGCUGGGCUGGUCAGGAAAGCGGCUGCCAAAUUCGUACAGUGGCUGCAGGAAGCCGAAGAAGAAAGUGACGAGAGCGAAGAAGAAAGCGAUUAGUUCGAAUAAAUUAAUAAUGAAGCCUCCA